UGAAAUGCACCAUGAAACAUUGUCAACCACUUUCAAACAAACCUCGAUGAUUCUUAGAUAACUUCAAGAGGUUGAAUCCGAAGUUGAAUAAGGAUACCUAAAAAAAAACCAUUGGCUUACUCUUUAGUGAUUCAACUUCAGAAAGAGAAGUAUUCAAGAUGAAGAUAGUCUUCUGCUGCAUUGUCGUUGCCAUUUUUAGAACAUUUUCAUAUGGGAUCGACCCAAAUCCCUUUUCCGAUGAAUUCAUAGAUUACAUCAAUAGCCAACAAAUCACUUGGACAGCUGGAAGAAAUUUCGACAAAAAUACUCCGUUGUCUCAUAUACGUAAUUUACUUGGAGCCAUCAAACCUCCAGAGCUCAGAUCAGAGAGGCAUGUUGCUUUUCUUAAAGAAGAUCGGCCAAUCCCUGAAUCCUUCGACUCUCGUGAAAACUGGCCGAACUGCCAGAUUAUCGGAGUAAUUAAGGAUCAGUCCGCUUGUAGUUCCUGCUGGGCUGUUGCAGCAACUUCCGUAAUGAGUGACAGGAUUUGCAUUCAUUCCAAUGGGGAAACACAAAUAUACGUUUCAGACGAAGAUUUAUUAUCAUGUUGUUCAGACUGCGGGAAAGGAUGUCAAGGAGGAUAUCAUUUUGAAGCGUGGGGUCAUUGGUACAAAAAAGGUCUUGUUUCAGGAGGACUUUAUAAUUCGACGACGGGAUGCAGAGCGUAUUCCAUGCCACCAUGCGAACAUCAAACAACUGGCUCCAAACCGGCAUGUCCUAAAAAUAUGUAUCCCACUCCUAGAUGCAAUGAACAGUGUGACGAAAAAUCUUCCCUCUCCUAUCAAUUUGAUAAAUCGUAUGGACAAAAGCCUUAUUAUGUUAGUACUGAAGAAAAGCAAAUACAAUUGGAAAUUUUGAAAAAUGGUCCUGUUGAAGCUGUAUUUGAUGUAUACACAGAUUUUGUUGUUUAUAAAAGUGGUGUCUACCAUCAAGUUGCUGGUGAAAUAGUUGGCGGACACGCUGUGAGAGUCUUAGGAUGGGGAGUUGAAAACGGAACAGCGUACUGGUUGGCUGCAAACUCUUGGAAUGAAGACUGGGGUGACAAGGGUUUAUUCAAGAUAAUCAGGGGGAGAGAUGAAUGUGAUUUCGAAGGUGAAAUGGUAGCUGGAUUGCCAAAAAAGGCGAUUUUGUUGAGAAAUCAUUUGAACUAUUAGAAUAUACAGAGUGGUCCACUGGUGCAAGAAAGUCCAAUAGCGCCGUCGUGAGAGUGAUAACAUUGGUCAAGACAACAUUAUAAAAUUGUUUAUACAAGGUGUAUAGAAGUAUAUAUUACAAAAAAGUAUACUAGCAAGAA